GUACGUUGUCGGCCGAUAACAACGCUGUAAUAUAUUACAUCUGCGUCCAUAGUAUUACGGUAUUACAGAUACGUGGGAUAAAAGGUUACCCCGUAUACCCUUCCCCUUUUAUCGAUUCUACGGUAGCCCGCACUGUAUCGAGUGAGAUUUUAACCAAAGGCUUUACGUCUCGUUCUGGCGAUUUAAUCCCGGUCCAUCGUAUCGUCGGCCGGCGGGGUUCUCGUAUCGAGAAAAAAAGUCCGGGGAAAAGUGUCCGUAUCGACGUUUAGUUUUAUUUUUGGGGUUUUAGUGACGGAUCACCUGUCGAAACGGUGUUAAAGGCGUUCGCUCGCUCUGUUCUUUUUGUUGUUUUUUAACUGUUGAUGUUAUAAUUUUUCAAAACAAUCGCCGACACUUUUUUUCAACAAUUUCUAUCGUAGACGCUUUCUGUUGUAACCGACAAAAGAAGAUGAAAACACGAGAUAACUGAGUUUCAGAUGAUUGAGAGAUGGAUUUGGAGACAGAAGGAGGGUGUCACCCAGAGGAGGGUGGGCACAAAAGGGGUAAGAAAAAGAAGCUCGUCCAAGAGGUUUACGACCCUCUCCCCCCGAAGGCCACAGAAGGGAAGAAUUUCGAGAUUUCCCAAGAACUCGAAUAUGCAAACAGGAUCCUGCAGGCCAUAAUGAAAUUGAAGAAUAUUCAACCCUUUUAUGAGAAGCCGAAUCCAGAUUCUUUUGGGAUGUCUUCAUACUAUAAAAUAGUGAAGGAACCCAUGUGGCUUUAUGAAGUUAAAAGAAAACUGGAAGAGGGUGAAUAUAACGGGCUAAGCGAUUUUGUUAAGGAUAUGAGGCUCCUUCUUGAAAACUGCUACAGAUUUUGGGGUGUUCAACAUAGGAUAACUAAAAAGGGAUUACUUAUGGAACAUAAACUGGAACAAAGGCUGCAGGAAAUUCCCAAACCCUUGUUGGAUAAGUUAAACAGAGAAAACCCUGACAACAAUCAGGAGGUCGACGUCGUUAAUAACGAAGUACAAAACUUGCCCUUUGUUCCAAAUGAGAUUGUAGAUUUGGACGAUUAUGAGGAAAACGAUGAGGCAGAAGCGCCUGUGGACCAGGAAAAUCAAAAGGACCAAGAGGAUAUGAACGAUAUGGAAGAAAAUGAAAGUAACAGUGGUGAUUUUGACGAAGACAGUAACAAUUCUACAGUAUAUUCAUCAUCUGUCGUUUAUUACACUACCAAAGUCUUUCAGUCAAAAAUAUUGGAAAAAGUUUUAAAAAAUGAGGUUGAUGAGGAAGAUGAAGCGGAUGAUAGUGAAGAGGCAAAGGAACUGGAGCAAAAGAUGCUCAGCUGGGAAAGAGAGAACCUUGUUACUGAAGAGAUUCAACAAGAAAUAAGGAAAAUGUGGCAGCUUGCAGAAAUUGGCCAUUUUUUAAAACUUACAUUUGAAGUUUUAAAUGUCGAAGAAAUGACACAGUACGAGGUUGAAAGGAUGCUGUUGAUGCCAAGGGAGUCAUUGACCCUCACGACUCUUAUGACUUCAAUGCUCAGUCCUGAAAUAAAGCGUGCUUCUCUCGAUGAAUCUCCUCUCAUGCCGUAUGAAGUGUGGACUGGCAAAUUGAGCAGAAAAAUAGAAGAGUGGCUUGGAGUGUUUUAUUUGUCCAAUGACAGGCUAGAGGUUUAUGAAAAAAUAGGUAUUGAACCUUAUUUCUGGGAUGUUAUUAGACUGACCAAUCCCUUAACCGAAAAGAGAUUCCAUGAAAUAAGUUUCUUCCAGAGAGUGUAUAUAGUGAAAUCUCUUUGCAACAACCUUUUGCAUACAAAUAAAACAAUCCAAGAUUUAUUUAAUGAAGAAAAUCCACUUGUUGAGGGUAUCCGACCUGUCGUUCUUGGUAAAGACGCUGAGGGAAGUAAGUACAUAUCACUUCCUUUCUUGCCAGAAAUCAGGAUAUACAAGGAGACGAAAGUUUUAAAUAAAACUUUGUCGCAGUGGCGUACUCCAGAGGGCUGUGUUUUUAAACUACAAAAAUUCCACAUCACUCCUGUUUGGGAUGAAGACGAGCAACAGAUUAACGUCGCACCGUCGGAAACAUUCAGUUUGAUUGCCGACGACUUAGACAGUCUUAUCGCUCUGAUCGAGGAAUCUAAGGAGAAUGAACUUUUUAGUUUAGUGACAAAAUUGAAUCAGUACCAAAAGGAAGCGAGGUCGUACAGGAUAAAAUGUGACGGCCUGAGAGCUUUGUACCAGCAAUGGAACAAUUACCAAAACAGGCCUCCUGAAUAUUUCACCAAUAUGCUGAACCUUUGGCUAAGAACUGAAAAACCUGUGGUACAGACAGUGCAAUCUAAUCCCAACGAAUCUGGAGAUUUGGGAGAAAGCAGUAGCUGUGUCUUAGGGAAAAGAAGAAGUGUGACAAUGUCUUUUAAGGGUUUCAAUUCCGAUGCAGAUGACUUUUUUGAUAGCGAUUCGGACUGGGAAGCUAAUCAUAAGAAACGGCGUAGAAGGGGGCCGAAAAAGAAAGCCAAAGAGUCAAAAGAACAAAAAAUGGAAUUUAAUAGUACCAGCAAUAGCAUUAUUGAAAAUAAUGAUAGUAGUAUGGCAUCGGAGGGUGUUAAUGAAAGUUUUCAACAGGCAGGUUCCAAACAGGUUGACUUCGAAGAGACAAAGCCUACGCUUUCUGAACUAAACGCAUACAUGGCUAAGGCUGAGAAUAAAAAUAAUAUUGAAAAGUUAGACACACCGACACCUUCGAUUCGAGUCGUACCCCUUGCUAAAAUGAAAGAAGAAAAAGCCGAUGAUGUGAUAUGUAUAAGCUCAGAUGAAGAUAAAGAUGAUGAUGUUGUCCUCAGUGGUGCAAAUCAAAUUAAGAAAACAAUUACAAAUGUUCAGUCAUUAACUCAGCAGGUUACAGUUCAGCAAGUAUCUCUUUUACACAUGCCAGAAGUUAAAAAACAGGUGUUGGUACCGGUCUCUAACCAGAGUUCGGUGACGCCGAUGAGGAUACAGAGGCCAAGAUCAUUUCCUACGCAAGAAACAAGGCAGAGGGCUGUAACGAUACAAAAUGUCCGUGUACCAAUGCCCCAAACACCAGUGUUCCCUCAGAACAGAGGAAGAAUUGUAAUGCCAUCUCCGAUGAAGCAACAGCAGGUAGUCAUGCCUCAGCCUAUACCAGCUGCUGGGGCGCAGCAGCAAACAUGGCAGAGAUCUCCUCGACAACAGUCUCCACGUCAGCAAUACCAGUACAGUCCUAGAGCAAGGACGCCUACCUCCCCGAUGACGAGGAUGAGGACUCCGACAACACCCGUUAACAACAGGGCGAUGACUUCCCCAAGGCAGAUGACGCCCAGGGCGUUGUUUAACAGUCCUAAUAGAGCCCAACAGAGGGCUGUACCUGCCCCGAUCAAUUCUUCUCCCGAUACUAUCGAAGGAAUGUUAACAGUAGGAAGUGAUCCUGACGGUACUUAUCGGUAUAGAGUGAAGCUAUCAGACGGUGGCAUCAUCAACUUAUCAAGGGCAGAAGUCGAAGAUAUUCGUCAGAAGAAUAAUGGCAUUCUUCCGCAAAAAGUCAAUGUCCCAUUAGUCAAGAGAAAAGGAUUCUAAUGAAUAAAAAACUGAUAGUUGUUUGUAAAUAAUUUAACUGAUUAAGUAAAACUGGAUCAUUUUUUUAUAUUUCUUUUUUAAUGAGCACAAAACUGUGUUUUUCAUCACAUUUACUAGUUAAUUGCAUUCCUAGAACUAUUCUGAUGUUCAAGUUAGUAUAUUCCUUUUAACAUGUGCCAUGAAAGCAACUUAAAAAUUAUUAUAUUUGUUAACCAGUAAUUUCAAGUUCCCCAAGAAACUUCAAAGUUCAGAAUUGGAUCAAUUUUCUUUGUGUAAGUAUUGUAAUAUAUAAAAUUAUAUAUACAUUUUGUAAAUACAUUAAAUUUUCAAAUUGAAAAU